AGUGCAAUUGGUUUUCGUAUCCACUAAAUCACUAAAGUAAUUGUUGGAAGUUGUUAACACAUGUUUCCUGAAAGUAAUAACCCAAAUGUAGAAAAUGCGCUUUCUUCCAGGUUUAUUUUUAAUAUUUGUCAUGUAUUUCUUUAGUUGGGAAAAUUACAUACGUCAUUAUACUUAAGCGAAGUAGUAUUUUUGUUUUUUCUUUACUGAUCUUAAACUCACUGAACACUUGAAGUUAGAAAGACAUUCUUGUUUUAUAUAUGCUUUAUUUUUGAAAGGAAUGAGUUCAAAAUGUCGUAGUGUUCCACACCUGUAAAUUUUUUUAUUCACAUGUCUUAAUGAAUCUCAAGUCACUUUCGAAUUACUCUUCCAUAACAUAUAGUUAGGAACACUUCCCAGGUUUUCAGAACUUAGGUUUUUUUCGUAGCACCUUAGUUGGACUUUGAAAUGUUCUACUUAACAGCCCCUUCAAGGUUAACAUACGUAAUUCUCCUAUAUCAUGCUCUAGUAAAUCCUAUUCUCAGUCCUUUCAUAUGAACAAAUGUGGGAUACUGGCAUAAAACACCGUUCAAAGACAUUAAUUGUUGGUACGUGGUGUGAAGAGGGGUCUAUGAUUCCUGAACCGUCUAUAAAAGCCCAUGUUGAUUUCGAUAAUAUUUGUUUUUGCACAGUCUUCAGUUCGUUAUACUUUAUUUAAAGACUUAGUGCUUCCGAGAACCAAAUAGCUGGUGAUUAGUCGGUGAACAAGUCAUAUUUCGUGCUUAACCGUAAUUGCUGUGUAUCAUCUCUAAACGUAUAUCACUUUAUGUGUUCGAAAACAAUACAGAACCGCAGAAUUGAAUAGAAUUGAAAAUCAAACAGUCUACUGGUAUGGAAUCUGAUGAUAGCUGCGAAAUAGCCUCGGUAAUUACAAGAGCAGAUACCAAGUCCAAUUCAUCUGAUAAUCCGACCAUUGAUUGGAGUAAUCAUCAAAAUCUAAGGAAAGAAAACUAUUCAAGUUGUGAUGAUUGCCUAUCAAAUGUAGAAGUAUUAUCAGAUAGUUGUUUGAACAAACGAUUUCACACUUUUUCACUAAAGCUAAGAGAGCAAGGAAAGAAGAUUAAACUCCUGGAACAAGAGCGAAUCGGCUUUUUGGAACAAAUAGCCAAUCUCUGUUCAUCUUUAGAAAAAAAACAACAAGAGUUGGUUGAUGUUUUGAAACUUUCGGAAGAAAAAGCAAAAUACCACGCUCAUUACAUGACUGAGGUUAGUAGUCUACUAGCCGAACUGAAAACACUAUUUUUAGAGCAUUCAAACUGUUUUAAUCCAGGAAAUCAGGCUUUAAUAGAUCAGGGUGAAUUUGGGAGUAAGAAUGAAGUUUCAAAUAGUACCGAUACUGAAAACGUACAAUUGAGUUCCACGAUUGGUUCAGUGAAAGGCGCUUGCUGUUCAGAAUCUCAGCAAGAUCAUCGUGGCCGCGCUCUAAUUAAUGAACUAUCUGCUACAGUAAGUGCUGUCAAAAAUAUGAACAGCAAAAAAUUGAUAAAACACGACCCUUCUUCACAAACUCCACAUAUAUUUGAUACGUUAUCAUCCAAACCUUCAAAUAAUUCUGAUCGAAAUCCUAUUAAAACAUCUACAAAUCAGUUGCCUAAUAAAUUAAUUCAGCACACUCAGGUGACAAAAAAUCCUAUAGCUUCAGAUGUUUGCAUAUUACCAUCAUUUUGUUGGAACAGUGACCAUGUUCUAUACUGGUUACGUGAAUAUGUUUGCCUACCUGGUGGAUGUUUGGAAGCUGCUGGUCGACUUCGUUUAGAUGGUAAACAAUUAACAAGUGUAUUCGACAGAAAAAUUGAAAAACAGUUACAUCUUAAUGAUGAAGGAUUAAGAAAAAAAUUUUUUACAGCUCUCGAAGAUUUACGAAUACAUGGACCGCCUGGUAUAUCACGGCAUCCAGGACCAAGCCAUAUAAGCUAUCAAUGGAUUUGUGAUAUUUGGUUAAAACAUCAUUUAGGUCUUGUACAACUAAUUCCUAUAUUUUCAAUAAGACGUGUGGAUGGUCGAAUGUUGUCUAGUUUAAUUACCUACAAACGUCCAAAACAUUCCAUCCAGCAUAAAAAUAGACGAAAAAGUAAAGAUAAUCAUAAUUAUGAUAACGAUAAUUGCUGUGAUAUAGUAAUUUCUAAUCCCAAUGAUGAUAUUCCUCUUUCGAAUUAUUCACAACAGAAUCUUAUCAAUUUGAAAACUAAUCAAAUUAAUGGUAGUAGUAAUAAUAAUAAUGAUAAUAUUAGCAAUCAUUCAAGUGUUAAAAGUAUUUCAUCUGUAUCUUCCACAAGCAGCAUAACGAAUGCUGUUCAAGAUUCCUGCAGUCAUAGUAAUAGCAGUAAUAAGUAUGAUAAUGGUAAUGAAUAUAUGGAACGUAAUUGGCAAGUUGGUGGACGUAAAGAAAUGUUACAUAUUUUAUUAGGUCUAUCGCAUACAUCAUCAUCAUCAUCGUCGUCGAGUAGUGGUGCAGAUUUAUCUGUAGAUUCUAGAUAUUUACUUGGCAAAAAAGAGGCUGAAAGUUUACGUACUGCUAUUGAAUUAUUGCAUCAUCAUAAUUUUAAUAUAGAGUUGAUAGAACAAAUUCGUGAUAAAUCUGAUCUUUCCGAAUUAGAUCUUUUGUAUUGGACAAAUGAUCAUAUUGUUAAGUGGUUAUCUGAUUUAGGUUUAAGUGAUUUUGUGCACGGAAUUGAUGCAAGUGGUUUACAUGGUGCAUAUAUGGUACUUGAUUCAACGUUCGAUUUUAAUACAUUGAUUAAACGUUUGCAUAUACCAUUGAAUGUUGCAGUUUUAUGUAAAUUAGAGGAGAAUUUACAACGAAUAUUGAAACCAGCUAGAACUCGUGAAGGUAUAUCUACCAAACAGCAUAGAAUUUUUCGUCGACGUAGUAUUAGUCGGCUAAGCUGUACAAACGGUAUAAUGCAACGUAGUAUUACAUCAACUAAUGCAAUCAAUGGAAGUUGUUUAUCGUUGAUAAGUUCAUCAGAAUCUCAAACCAAAUCAUCUACGGAUAAUAAUAGUAAUAAGCAUGUAAAAAUGAAUGGAAAUGUAUUUAAUAUGAAUGAAAAUAAAAAUACUGUCGUAGCAUCUAUUACUAAAACUGAUGUUAUUCGCGAUGCUGAAUCAUUGAAUCUAACCAUUAAGGAUAUCGAUUUAACACUGAAUAAUCCAAUUGGAUUGACACCGAGACGCGAGAAACGUCGAAUUCUAACAGUUACCGGUGAUUUAAUGAAUUCUAAUCGUCUAACACGUGUAUUUACACGUGGUCAUAAGACAUCAGUAGAUGUUACUGAACAGUCAAAUAAAUUACUACCAAAUACACAAGUGUCCAAACAAUUGUCAGUAAUGGGAUUGAAUAUUAAUAAUAAUGGCAUUAAUGUUAACAGCUCCAAUGAUAAUUCAGAUUGGUCAUCUGAUGUUGAAGAUAAGUCAAGUACUUUAGUUAGAAAAACAACUGAGAAAAGUUCAGACAAUUCUUCUACAUUAAAACAAUCAAAUUCAUUAGAUUGUAGAAAAACUACUCCACCUAGACAAGUUGUUCAGCCUCACGAAGCUCCACUUCUUGAUCCUUUUGGUUCUGAUUGUGGCAGGCCUCGUUUACGGAUUCUUCUAGGACAAACAAAUCGUUUAAAUUGUCUAACUGGAACAUCUUCAGCAUCAACUACGAAAAGUAAUCCCAAUACCGCAUUCAAAAAUAUCUCAGAUCAUAAAAAUAAUUUAACCAGUCGUCAGUCUCUAGCAAAAUCCUGUAUAACAUCUACAUUUACCGCUACAAGUCUUGUAUCAAAAGGAAGUACGAAUUCUAUUAAUAGUAUCUCUUCUUCGUAUAUAGUCCCAAUUAGUAAAACAGAUUUUUAAAAUCUACCCAUAAUUAUUUUCAAUAAAUUCUAAGAAACAGUAUUUCUUUCAUUGUAUUUUUUCUCCCAUGUGAUUUAUUCUUUUUUUAGAUAUUUUUUGUGUUUCAUUACAUUAUCAAUAAUGUUGAUAGCUAAGUUACUGCAUUGAUUCUGUCAUUUUAUCCUGAACUUUCAUUUGUUCAAUAGUAAAUAUUUUUAUGUUAAGGUGGUCUUAAUUCUGUUUACCAAAUUUUGUUAGUUUGUAAUUGUACAGAAUCAAUAUAGAAAAACUCAAUGCAUAAUUCAGUCCAAUCGUCCUACAUUAUGUACUUAAAAAUCAAUAGUUUAUAUAAACGACAAGAGAAUUCAGCAAUUGUCAUCGGAUUAUUAUUAUUAUUGUUAUUAUAUUCAGAAUCAUGUCUCCAAAAUUAUCCGAAUAUGUAUAUAAUAUGAAAAAUAGUAUAUUUAUAAUAUGUAUCUAUACUACUUACAAUAAAAUGGGCUUUAUCAUAUUAACUUUUUAUUCAUAAUCAACAAUGGAUUGUUUUAAUCAUCAUUAUAUUUCAAUUUAUUUAUUAAAUUCUGAAUUUGUAUAAUAUUGAAUUCACUUGAAUUAUACUAUGAAAAUGUAAAUGGAUGAUUUUUAUUUCUAUCUAUAAUUUAAAUAUAAUUAAAAUAUCGGAUUAAUUGUUUGUAUUUUGAAUAGUUAAUAAUAAAACUUGUUUUUGUUGUUUUUACGCCUUUUUUAAAUUAUUUGUUCAAUAAAGUUGAAUUUCUACCGUUUU